AUGGUUGUAACAGAGGGUCACGACAGUGGGUCUCUUUCUGCUCAUCGCCAUGUAUUUGAAUUGAGGUUGGAUAAUGCAUUGGAUUUACUGCGUGUGGUACGUGCGCUGAUGUUUCGUGAACACGGUGCAAUCGAUGUAAGCAGUAAUGGGCUAAGGAUAAUUGUGGAUGACCAAAAUUGCCUCCAAUCAAUAGCAUACUUGAAAAAAGAAAUCUUCUCGAAUUUCAUUAUUAAUGAACCAGCAGUUUCGUUCCGCGUACCAGUGGCAGUCCUCGCUGAAUGUUUAAGCGUUCUUGGUACUGGGAACAAUGUGGCAUUAAAAAUCACUUACGACGGACAUGGAGAGCCCUUAAGGCUACUGUUGGAGAAAGACGGUAUUGUAGUUAAGUGCAUGAUAAAAACUCAAAAUCCAGAUAUGAUACUGGAUUUUGAUUUUGAUACACGUGGGAUACUUGCAAAGGUAAUAAUGAAACCUCAAAAACUAAAGGAGGUUUUCCAAGACUUCGAUGCCAGCAGCCCCACUGUUGCCAUUAAUAUCAGCCAACAGGGUAUUUGCAUUUCCACAAAUGGUGAAAUGGGGAAAAUAAGGGCGGAGUUCCCAAAAAAUUCGGAACAAAUUGAGCACCUAGACUGCGAGGACCCUGUGAAUUUCAGAUACCGACUUAGCUUAAUAAAGCGGAUGACGCCUUCACUGGUGCUCUCACAAAAGGCUUCUUUAAGAAUUGACCAUCGAGGAGUUCUUUCGGUACAACUACUAUUAGAACAAAGCGAAAGCAACAGCAUCUUCAUAGAGUUCUUUUGCGUGCCUGAUGCAGAAUUUUCUGACGAUGACGUCUACGGCAAUGACUAG